CAUUUUUCAUUUUUUUUCGUUUGUUUAGGACUCAUGUGUGCUGUCUCCGCUUCUCCCUGCAACUAGUCUCUUUUAUAUUUGCCGUUGAAAACCGUUUAUCAUUUUUAAUCAUUUUCGUACCAAUAAGAUUAAACAAAACAAAUAUCUAUACCAUUGUUAAUUACUAUUUUUUUUUUAAUUACUUUAAUUUUUCCAUGUGUGUGACUUCCUCCAAUUAAUGCUACAAAAUCAAUCUCCCUCUCGAAUUUUGUUAUUAAAAAUUCCUCGCUUCGGAUUUGGAUAAUCUGCAUCUCCAUAUAUUAUUGCCACUAUAUAUUAAACCUUAGCCGUCUGCACUUGUUCUCAUGCCAAAGAUCCUAAUUCAUAUCUUGCUUUUGCUUCAGUUUUGAGCGAUUCGAAGGUGGAAGAGCAAUGAGAACAGAGUCCAACAAAAUAUCCAAGUCUUCGUGGCCAAAACAAGCCGUGAAAAAGUGGCUUAACAUAAAGACUAGUGCUGAUAAGUUUCACUCAGAUUAUUGUUUCACAGGAGCAGAAAGGAGGAAGAGUUGUUCGGACAAAGAUUGUUACGCCGUCGUCCCAGAUAAUUUCUCAGAGGGGUGGUUGAUGGAUUCUAGAAAUGGAAUGAGAAGUUGGGAUCUUGGGAAGGAAGAAACUUGUGUUCCUUUCAGUGAUGCUCUCGACCUCAGGAUGUUCGUGGGGACGUGGAACGUUGGAGGGAAGUCACCCGAUGAAGCUUUGAACUUGAGGGAUUGGUUCAAGUCUCCUUCACCAGCUGAUGUCUAUGUAAUUGGGUUCCAAGAAAUAGUGCCGCUAAACGCAGGGAACGUGCUUGGGCCAGAGGACAGUGGGCCAGCAGCGAAGUGGCUAAGCCUUAUGAGGCACGCAUUAAACCCAAACAUUGAAGAAGAAAAAGGAGGCGUUAAGCAGCAGCAACGGUAUUACCUUGCAGCAAGCAGGCAAAUGGUUGGAAUCUUCUUAUGCGUUUGGGUGCGUGCCGAUCUUUACUGCCACGUCACCAAUAUUAGGGCCUCUUGCGUUGGCACUGGCAUUAUGGGCUACCUUGGCAAUAAGGGCUCAAUAUCAAUUAGCAUGAGACUGUACCACACCACGUUCUGCUUCGUCUGCACCCACUUGGCCUCUGGAGAGAAAGACGGCGACGAAAUGCGUAGAAACUUGCACGUCUCGGAAAUCUUGAAGCGAACUAAGUUUUCGAGUUCCUUCGAGGCUCCUCAAACCAUACUUCAACACCAUAAUAUCAUAUGGCUUGGAGAUUUGAAUUAUCGGCUUGUAGCUGGCUACGAUGAUACACAUGAGCUUCUCAAGAAGAAUGAUUGGCAGGCACUACUAGAAAUGGAUCAGCUAAGAAUAGAGCAGAAAGCAGGUAGAGUAUUUAAAGGUUGGAAUGAAGGGGGAAUAUACUUUGCACCUACAUACAAAUACUUAGCCAAUUCGGACCACUAUGUUGCCCAAACUUCCAAGUCCAAGGAAAAAAGACGCACUCCUGCUUGGUGCGAUCGAAUACUGUGGAAAGGGGAAAGGUUGAAGCAGCUAUGGUAUGUUCGUGGAGAAUCCAAAUUCUCUGACCACAGGCCAGUGUAUUCGAUGUUCUUUGCUCAAGUCGAUUUGAGGGGCAAAAAUGGCAUUACUCCUCCUCCUCCUCCUCCCUCUAAUGCUGUCACCAUUACACGAUCAUGUUCCUCAAAACCAUUGGUAAACGCUGGGCUACCAUCGUCUUGCGCUGCGAAAGUGCAGGCAGAAGAGCAGCUCUUGAUGCUAACGAGGACACAGAGUUGCAUGGACACUGUACAAAGUUUGUGAGUCCACCAUGUAGGGCACUAAGAAUUUUGGAGGGAUGGAAUUCUUUUUUUAAUUUUUUAUUUGGCAAGAGAUUCUUAUUGGAAUUUUGGUCAUCCAGUUUGGAGACUAGAUUCGAUGAGGAAUCUUAACUGCCUUGAAACACCGCGACCUCCUCUGUAAAUUAGGAGAUAUGGUGUUGCUUUGCUAAUUUUGAUGAGGAAGAGAAAAUGUGUUGAUAAAUAUUUGUAAAUCUGGAAUGUGAUAUAGUAAGAAUGAUAUUUAUUUGAUAUCAUUUUGUAUA